CGGUCGCGCGGGGCCGGGGCGAUGCGGCGCUACCUGCGCCUCGUAGUGCUGUGUCUGGCCUGCGGCUUCUGCUCGCUCCUUUACGCCUUCAGCCAGCUCGCCGUGUCCGUGGAGGAAGGAGCGGGCGGCGGUGGCGGGAAGCCGCAGGCCGCGGCGGCUUCCUGGCUCUCGGGAGGCGGACGCGGCGCGGCGGGAGGCGCGGGCCCCGCGGUGCGUCCCGGCGGGUCCGACAGGUGUAAAGAUUUCUGUCUGUGUUACUGGAAUCCCUAUUGGAUGCUGCCCUCUGAUGUUUGUGGAAUGAACUGCUUUUGGGAAGCGGCUUUUAGGUAUAGCAUGAAAACACAGCCUGUGGAGAAGAUGCACCUUGCCGUUGUGGCCUGCGGAGAAAGACUGGAAGAAACUAUGACCAUGUUGAAGUCUGCUAUAAUUUUCAGUAUCAAACCUCUACAGUUCCACAUUUUCGCUGAAGAUCAACUACAUGAUAGCUUUAAAGAGAGACUCAACAACUGGUCAUUUCUACAAAGAUUUAAUUACACAUUGUAUUCCAUUACCUUUCCGAAUGAGAAUGCAGCAGAGUGGAAAAAACUCUUUAAACCAUGUGCUUCCCAGAGGUUAUUCUUGCCAUUAAUCCUGAAAGAAGUUGACUCCCUAUUGUAUGUUGACACUGAUAUCCUCUUCUUACGACCUGUUGAUGAUAUUUGGUCUUUACUGAAGAAAUUUAAUUCCACACAAAUUGCUGCAAUGGCACCAGAACAUGAGGAGCCUCGAAUAGGAUGGUACAAUCGCUUUGCUAGACACCCAUACUAUGGGAAAACUGGAGUGAACUCUGGGGUCAUGUUGAUGAACAUGACUCGAAUGAGAAGGAAGUAUUUCAAGAAUGAUAUGACAACUGUACGGCUACAAUGGGGAGACAUACUUAUGCCACUGCUUAAAAAAUACAAGCUAAACAUCACCUGGGGUGAUCAAGACCUAUUGAAUAUCAUGUUUUUUCAUAAUCCAGAAAGCCUUUUUGUUUUUCCGUGUCACUGGAAUUAUCGACCGGAUCACUGUAUAUAUGGGAGCAAUUGUCUGGAAGCCGAGGAAGGAGGAAUCUCCAUUCUUCAUGGGAACAGGGGUGUCUACCAUGAUGAGAAGCAGCCAGCGUUCAGAGCUGUUUAUGAAGCCCUAAGAAAUUGUUCCUUUGAAGAUGAUGAUGUUCGUUCCUUAUUAGAGCCUUUAGAACUGGAACUACAGAAGACAGUGCAUACCUACUGUGGGAAAAUUUACAGAGUGUUUAUCAAACAACUAGCGAAGAGCAUAAGAGAACGCUAUGACAGACCUGGAGAGGAAAGGUGACUCUGGUGGCUGCUAAAUUCAGAGGCUAAAACAGUAAAGUGUCAGAGGACAAAUGGAAGGAGUAUUCUUGGAUGAAGUAUUUAGCAUGAGAUUGUUUAUCUUCUGAGUAAUCUUAUUUUCCUGAAGAAGUUAACAGAGCAGUCUAUUCAUGUAAUGAAGAAUCUGGGUCUCCAACCAGAAGACAUUCGAUCUCUGAUAUUUGUAGCAUGACUUCCUGUCAUUCCAGUGUUGAAAACAUUGAGUGGUUGUAGCCUGUAGCUGUGUGGGCUCCUACUCUUGAGUGAGUAAGAGCGGUGUGUGUGUAUGGAUGGAGAAAAUGUACCUCAUACACAAUGGAGACAUUCAAACUGUGAGUAUAGCAAUAAUGAUGUCAGCACUAACCUCACUUUACACAUGUGGGAAAAAGUUGUUUACAGGAGCAGAAAAGUUCUGUUUUCAAGAAAUGUGAUAUAACCAAUGUAACCAUUGACAAUCUAUGUGUACCCUUAUACAUUUCAUCUCUCUUCUACGAUAUUUUUGUGACAAUCGUGUUUAAAUUUAUUUUUAGAUUUUAAGUAAGCUGCACAUUAAAAAAAAAUUGAGCUGUAUGAGAAAAGAAACAGGUAAACACUUUGAGGCAUACGUGUGUGUGUGUGUGUGUGUGUGUGUGUGUGUGUGUGUGUUGAGAAAUACAAUGUUUUCAUUUUGUUUGUGUCAAACUGUCUUGCCAAAACACAGCUCUAGGAUAUUUUGGGACUUUGUUUCUAAAUCACUAUAAGUGAAAAAAUUUAAAAAUUUGCUGGGCAUUCUGGAAGCAAACUACACUGUGUUGAUAAUAAAGUGAGAAGCCCUAGUGGGAAUGGGAAAUGCAAUGGACCAAAAGCAUAGCUAAGUACUUCUGUGACCAGAAAGUUUAAUUUUGCCAGCAUAGAAAAAAGAGGUCCAUUUAGACUUUUCUUCUACCUCAAAAUGGCUUUACAAGACAUUUUUUGAAGAAGCAAAUAUAUAGAGCUUUACUUCAAGUUAGACAUCUUCAGUGGAUACUUGGAUCAAGAAGUCUUUUACACAGAAUUAUAGUUGUUUUUAUUAGGGUAGUGUGCAUACCUUCUUAGGUGUUUUUUUGUUGUUGUUGGUCUCGGGGCUUGAACUCUAGG